AUGCCUUUAAAGGAAAAUCAUCUUUCAUCAUUAGAGGAUAUUACUCUCAAUGAGUAUCACAGAAUAUUAAGAAAAAUUUAUUAGUAUUUUAUUUCAUCUAACUCCAUUAAAAUAUUUAAAAUCGAAGAUAAAAUAAUUAAGUGUGGAUGGAGGGUUUCGAUCCCUCUACCUCAAGAGCCACAAUCUUACGCUCUUCCGAUUGAGCUACAUCCACUUCAUGAAAUGUAUGAAGCUAAUUACUUAUAACAAAAAUAAAUGUUUAUAUCAGAAGAAAAUUAAGCUAUUUUAUUAAUAUAAUCAUAAUUUAGUGAGAAUAAAUCUAAAAACAAACUGCUUUUAUAAAAAAAUUGGAUGGGAAAAAAUAUUUAUUACAAGUAUCUCUAAAAUAUUUAAUUUUCUUAAAAAUAAAUAUCUACUUUAAUAAAUUUAAGUGUGGAUGGAGGGUUUCGAUCCCUCUACCUCAAGAGCCACAAUCUUACGCUCUUCCGAUUGAGCUACAUCCACUUCAUGAAAUAUAUGAAACCACUUUUUAUGUGGAUGGAGGGUUUCGAUCCCUCUACCUCAAGAGCCACAAUCUUACGCUCUUCCGAUUGA